GAUGCGCAGGAGACAAGCCGGCUUAUGCAACUACCGCAAGAAUUGCGCGAUCAGAUCUACUCCAUCGUCUUCUUUUCAACCCGCUUUGCGUCAGGCCAAAGAAACAUCACCAGCAUAACCAGUCAGCGCAUUCUCCCAGCGCCUAAUGGCCUUGCGUUACUCCGCACCUGUCGUCGGGUCUACUCAGAGAUUGGCAGGAAUUGGCUGGGGCAAGUUUUGUUCCAUUUCGAGAAGCCUGUAUGGAUGCUCGACAAGCUUGCCAAUCUAGACCGUGAAACGCUCUCCAGUAUCCGCUACAUGCGGGUUGUCGGCGACCCUGUGAUGCUAUGCCGGGACGAGGACGAUGUCUCCUACCGGCUCUCGGCAACCCUAAAGCUCCUUCCAGGCUUGAAACUCGACAGAUUGACUGUUCUCGGUACGCGUGGGGAUAAAAUAUCCUAUCAAACUCUUGACUGGCUUAUCAAGCACAGCGAUGGGUGGAAAGAGCUCUACUACAUCUCGCACACCUCAAUGCCGCUCGCUUAUAGCACUUCACGCGGUCUGGACUUCGAUGACUACCUCCGCAGGCCACAGCCUGCAGACUGGCAAAGAAUUUUGGAAGCGCGCGAUGGUGCAGACUCUGGCGCCUCCGUCAAAAUCUACCGAUCGACCGAUCCAGACCGGCCUUGCUCGGUAAUGCACACCGCCACCGGGACUGAGUUCAAGCAGUCUCUACCUCCAGGCGUAGAUGCCGCAAUGUAUGGACGAAUGGAGGAUUCACAUCUAAUGUCCCCCGAUGAACGUCGGAAAGAAGUAUUGGUUGUUGUGAAGCGAGGAAGAGGCGUCGAUUACGAAGAGAAAACG